UCACAACAGUAAGUUUUCUGCAGUCGAACUAUACGCAAGUGUAACAGUGUACAAAAUAUUAAAUAAUUAUUUAAUAAUAAAUAAUAACAAUGAAAGCACGCACCACAAUCGCACUCAUUGCCUUCGGCGUCUUGGCAGCGCUAGUCGUCACCAGCGUGGCCACAAACAGCACUUGGGGUCAACGUGGACGUUACGAUCGUCUGCUGUACCGCACACAGGUCGUCAGGAAGUCCGACUUGUGGCGCGUAAUCUCAGUGGAUGUGGAAUUCCCCGGCAAGAACGCCUACAAUCCCUACUUCAUCACUCAAGUGGUGGCUGUCGAUCAUAAGCGCAAGGAUGGCGGUCAUGCUCAACUGCGCAAAGGUGGUCCCGGUUUUCGCAAUGUGACAUUGCACAUCAAAUCCGCACGCAAUCAUGGCUUGAACUAUACCGUUGAGGUUUUCGGCAAUUAAGCGCGCAGCGUGUGGUGUUGAAGAGACGGAAGAGAUUUUGUUGUAUGGAAAGCGAACUUAUUUAUGAAAAUAAAAAAAUAUUGCACUUGUUUAAACAAAAACUGUAGUGCUGAAAUAUGAAAACAAUUCUGUGAUUAUUUUAAUGUAAACUUGCUUUGUUGUUGUAAAUAUAUGAAAAUGAAAACAAAUUA